GAGAAAAGAGCACCUGCAGGUGGAGGGGACUCAUACGCUGGAGACGACGCCAAGCCCAAACCCCAAUGAAUGACGUCAGGUGAUUCAUGGCAUGCAGGACAUAGUGUUGUGUAUUUAUCGUUCUGUUUAAAUAUCCCAGUGAUUAUUUAUUCAAAAUACCCUAAAAAUGGCAGCAUACAACCUGAUCAUCCUCUCGGUACUGAUUUUCUGCUCUAUAACAGGUACAAAGGCAGUGCGUUGCUAUCAGUGCAGCAGUGACACCGACACAGACGGUGAAGAUCUCUGUGGUGCAUACCACAAAUUCGACAAGACCAAAAACAUAGCAAUUGAUUGUAAUGACGAGGAUUCCCACAUGCCCGGUACAUUCUGCGUGAAGGAAGUCCGACAAAGUCCUCGUGGGUUCGUCUGGGAUGGCCGCUGGCGUCAGGUAAUACGAAGAUGUGCAUCAGUAGCCAGCACUGGAGUAACUGGUGUAUGUAAUUGGGGGGUUUACGAAAAUGGCGUAUAUUGGGAGGAAUGCUACUGCUCCGAUGAUUCCUGCAAUGGUGCAACAACCAUUUCAUCAAAUCUGGUUCUGCCAGCUCUAUUAUUCGUUUUAACGUCACUAUUUCUCGGCACGUAUGGAUUCAAAUGAGAGGAGAUUAAACUGGUGAAAUAUCUGAAGUGUUGUGCAGUACAAAGAGAUUAAGGGCUUCGACGGAUAAAUACAUGGAUGUAAAGCUUUUAGACUGCAAUGAACCUCUUACCAACUGGUACUACAUCGUGAAUACUUCAAAUUCUUCCACUCCAGUGUUCAUUUAUAAUUGAUAGAGUAUUCUGUCGUUUUAUGAUCAAAUGUGAAUAAUUGUAUGACACUUUAUCCGUCCAAAUUCUAGAUGUAAAUAGUACGUUAAAUUAAACAUUCCCUCGGCGAAGCCGACCAUCGAUUUUUAUAAGAUUUAUAGUAACGAAAAAUUUUUGUAAUAACACAAUAUAUUGUUGUUGUUUUUUUAUAAUGAAUUUUUUUAUCAUAUGGCAUGCAGUAAAGCGAGAUGACUCGGAACCGUCCAUUAAUUUUAGUUAAAAUAUAUAUUUAUGUUCUGGUUAUUAUUUUAAAAAAUUGAGUUCAAAUUGAAUUCAAAAAAUAAAAAUUGAAUUGAAUCAUUUGACGUUACGUGAGUCAACAGGCAUUUUUUAAAUGUUUUUUUUUAAUUCCGCGGAAUCUCUUCAUCUCAAAGAUGACUUGUUUCACUGCUCCAUUCCCGGAGAGAUUCAUAAACUCUCCGGAGAUAAUUUGUUGUAAAGUUUAAGUGCUGAAAAAUGACAUGAAUCUCCAUCAGCUUCCGGAGAAUCUCCUUUCCAAGCCAUUAAACAUCAAAUGUUAAGCACGUAAGUUAGUGCAAACGCAGUGAAUGUUUAUGAUAAUUGUAAAAUAAAAUGAAAUAAAAUUAGAAAUACAGGUGUUAA